AUGUCAAAUGCGUUAUCCGUUGCUCAGGUGCUUGAAAAGCAAAAGAUGGCCCAAUCAGCGAGAGAUGAUUUGCGAGCAUUUUAUUACUCCUCCGCCGAACGCAAACUGAAGAGAUUCAUUCGGCUUCACAAGAAACGCAUAUACAUGAAGACUGUGCAAGAAGAAAGCAGCUACAUUGUGUGGGUUCACGCAUCGGUGGACAUGCUCAUCCCGGUCGUAAGUGGCACAAAAAAGCUGGCCUCCAGUUACAACCCGGUGGCAACGACGAACGAACAUCAAACGAGCCAGCGAUGCGUUUUCUGUUAUCAAAAAAUAGUCCACCCGUUCAUCAAAGACGGAAAACAAGUCCAACGAACUGUCAAUGGGUCAGCCACCUGUAUCAAUAGCAAAUGCAUCCCACGAUUGAACGGUUUCUCCACUUUUCCUCUCUAUGCCAUGUCGGCGGUGGCGAUAUGCCUGGCAGGACGAACAACGAUCGAAUUCGGAAAACCACUCGCGACUUUCGAUCCGUCUCGCACAAAAGAAAUCAGCCAAUCCUAUGCUGAGGCUCAAGAAGCACUUGAAACCCGGCCCAAUGUGCAAAGAUUGCGGCCUGAGGGCACCCAUGAUUAA